GCUCUCUCUCUCUCUCUCUCUCUCUCUCUCUCUCUCUCUGUUGGCCAACGAACAGAGUUGCAGAGAUGCUCACAACUAAUCCCACUUCCCAUCUCACUCUAAGGAGUUCUCACUCCUCUCUCCCCUCUCAAUCAACUACCCUUCAUUGCCACCCAAUCCAUGGCAAACCCAUGAUCCAGAAACCGCAAAUUUCCACUCAGAAAACUAAGAUCAGAACAAUAAGAGCAGUGAUCAGUCAAGACAAACCAUCUGAACCAGUUACCUCUCUGCCCAAUCAGGCAACUGGGAUCGAUGUCAAAGCUGUGAUCACAAUCAGGAAGAAAAUAAAAGAGAAGCUCACUGAAAAAAUUGAAGAUCAGUUUGAGUCUUUCCUUAAUGGGAUCGGUCGGGGGAUCGUUCUUCAGCUUGUCAGCAACGAGAUCGAUCCAACAACUAAAUCAGGGAAGAGGAGCAGAGAGUCGGCAGCAAGAGGCUGGUUGCCACGGCCCUUGGAUCACCCAUACAUUGUGGAGUAUGCUGCAGAUUUCACAGUAGAAUCAGAUUUUGGCAUGCCAGGGGCAGUUCUUGUAAAAAAUUUACACAAUAAGGAGUUCUUUUUGAUGGAGAUUGUGAUUCAAGGGUUUAAUGAAGGUCCCAUCGUCUGUCCUGUAAAUUCAUGGAUCGCUUCCAAGGAAGACAGUUCAGAAAAGAGAAUUUUCUUCAGCAAUCAGGCCUACUUGCCUUCACAGACACCAAGCGGUCUCAAGGAUCUUCGACAGAAUGAGCUGAAUAGCCUUCAAGGGAAUGGAAAAGGUGAGCGGAAGGGAUAUGACAGGAUAUACGACUACACUACUUAUAAUGAUUUGGGUAAUCCAGACAAAGAUUUGGAUCUUUCCAGGCCUGUCCUUGGUAAUGAACAAAGGCCUUAUCCUAGACGAUGUCGCACAGGACGACCCCCAUCCAAGUCAGAUCCAUUGACAGAGAGAAGGAUAGAGAAGCCCCAUCCAGUAUAUGUUCCAAGGGAUGAAACUUUUGAGGAGAUCAAGAAGGCCACCUUUUCAGCUGGUGCCCUUAAAGCACUAAUGCACAAUUUGAUACCAUCUCUUAUUGCCACUCUGUCGAGCACUGAUAAUCCAUUCCAAUGCUUCACUGACAUCGACAAGCUAUAUAAUGAUGGAGUUAUUUUGAAGACAGAAGAAGGAAAGGGAGUUUUCAGUAGCCUUGUGCUUCCAAAGAUAUUGAAAGAUGUCAUAAGCACAGGAAAGCGUUUACUCCGAUAUGAAAUUCCAACCAUAAUUUCAAGGGACAGAUUUGCCUGGUUGCGUGACAAUGAGUUUGCUCGUCAGACAUUAGCAGGUGUCAAUCCAGUGAAUAUUGAGCGAUUGAAGGAAUUCCCAAUACUUAGUAAAUUGGAUCCCGCAGUAUAUGGUCCACCAGAGUCAGCUAUAACAGCUGAACAUUUAGAGAAAGAACUGAAUGGUAUGAGUGUUGAGGAGGCAAUCAAAGAAGAAAAACUAUAUCUACUUGACUACCAUGACAUAUUCAUGCCUUUUGUUAAGAAGAUAAACUCCUUGAAAGGAAGAAAAAUCUAUGCUUCAAGGACAGUCUUUUUCUUGACUCCAGCUGGCACACUGAAACCAAUUGCAAUUGAGCUUAGCCUUCCACCAACACCAUCUCAGCCUGUGAACAAGCAUGUGUACACUCAUGGCCACGAUGCCACAACCCACUGGAUUUGGAAAUUUGCUAAAGCACAUGUUUGUUGUAAUGAUGCUGGUUGUCAUCAAUUGGUAAAUCACUGGUUGAGGACUCACGCUAGCAUGGAGCCAUACAUUAUUGCAACCCAUAGACAACUUAGUUCGAUGCAUCCAAUUUACAAGUUGUUGCACCCAUAUAUGCGAUACACACUUGAAAUCAAUGCAUUGGCUAGACAGAGUCUCAUAAAUGGAGGUGGCAUCAUAGAAUCAUGUUUUAGCCCUGGAAAGUAUUCAAUGGAGAUGAGCUCAGCAGCAUACAAGAGUAUGUGGCGUUUUGAUAUGGAAGGAUUGCCAGCAGACCUAAUCCGAAGGGGCAUGGCAGUGAAGGAUCCAUCAAAGCCAGGUGGCGUGAGACUUGUAAUUGAGGACUAUCCGUAUGCAGCAGAUGGGCUCCUUAUUUGGUGUGCUAUUGAAGAUAUGGUAGAAGAAUGUGUUUCAUUUUUGUACUCAGAACCAAAUAGCAUUACACGUGACUCCGAGCUUCAAGCAUGGUGGAAUGAGAUAAAAAACAAGGGCCACGCUGACAAGAGAAACGAACCAUGGUGGCCUAAAUUACAGUCCAAGGAGGACUUAUGUGGAAUUCUAACAACCUUGAUUUGGAUAGCAUCAGGGCAACAUGCAGCCAUCAAUUUCGGUCAAUACCCAUAUGGAGGAUAUGUUCCAAAUCGCCCCACUCUAACGAGAAAGCUAAUCCCACAAGAAGAUCACCCAGAGUAUCAAAUUCUUCUAACGCACCCAGAAGACUUUUUCCUCUCAUCUCUACCCACCCAACUACAAGCAACAAAGAUAAUGGCAGUUAAGGACACAUUAUCAACACAUUCGCCAGAUGAAGAGUAUUUGGGUCAGUUGCAUCAGACUCAUGCAAACUGGAUUAACGACCAAAGAGUUCUAAGUACUUACGAGAAGUUUUCGGCAAGGUUAGAAGAAAUAGAUAUCAUAAUUAACAAGAGGAAUGCAGAUAAAAGUCUUAAGAAUCGAAAUGGGGCCGGAAUUCCUCCAUAUGAAUUACUUCUUCCUUCUUCUGAGCCAGGAGUGACAGGUCGGGGAAUUCCUAAUAGCAUUUCUAUCUAAUGGAAUUGAUGAUGUGAAAUCUGCAGUAUGUUGUUUUCUCCUUUGCACUUUUGUUUGAAAACUAAUGCAUGCAAAGUCACCAAUUAUCCCGGCACCACACAUUGAUGAUGGUCUGGUAAUAGAAUGUAAAGCAUCGGGGCAAUAUUGGCUUUU